GACCAACGAAAAAUCAAAUCAGGAAAGACACCUGGUGGCCUUUAUGGAAGAGAAAAUAUUCUAGAGAGAGAAAGUUUUCUUUUUCUUUUUAAUUUUGUUUUCUUUGUGUUUUGUUUGGAUACAGAGAAAUUGAAGAAUUUUUUUCCCCAAUAACAUAAUUUUUUUUUUAUUUUGAAUCUCUAUUAGGUUAUAUAUUUGAGCAAUUAUAUUAAUUUUUUGGGUUAGGAUUGGUAUUUGGUUUCCAUUGUCUUGUGAUUCUGGUUAUAGAAUUGCAGGAGGAGGAGAAGAAGAGAGAAAGCGGGUUUUCUCUCUUCUCUUCUCUUGUUUGUGGUGGAGGCGAAUUUCGUCGUUUGCGUUCGAAGAAAUUAGGGCUUGGUUCUGUGAAAUCUAAAACCAUGAAUGUGAUGCGUCGUCUCAAGAGCAUUGCUUCCGGUCGCUCUUCUAUUUCUUCUGAACCCGGUGGGGAUAGUGGCACUAAGAGGGCAAAGGUUGAUCAAGAUGCAGAAUGUAAGGUACAUGGGGAAUCACAUUUAGUUGAGAGGAGUACCACUGGUCUAGAGCAGCAUAUGGCUUCUACGUCACUGGAAACUGUAGCAAGCACAUCCAAUGUAACUUCUGUUGCUAGAACGGAGAAAUCAGGUGUUGAUCAGCUUCCUAAUGAAAUGCAUGAAAUGAGAAUUAGAGAUGAGAAAACUGCCAACCAUGAUGAGAAGGAUGUGGAGGCUACUGUUAUUAAUGGAAAUGGAACAGAGACAGGUCAGAUAAUUUCAACAAUUGUUGGUGGUCGAAAUGGGCAACCAAAACAGACAAUCUCAUAUAUGGCGGAACGUGUGGUUGGCACAGGUUCAUUUGGUGUUGUUUUUCAGGCUAAGUGCUUGGAGAGAGGUGAAUCUGUUGCUAUAAAGAAGGUUCUGCAGGAUAAAAGAUACAAGAAUAGGGAACUCCAGAUUAUGCGUAUACUUAACCAUCCUAAUGUGGUCCAACUGAAGCACUGUUUCUUUUCAACCACUGACAAAGAUGAGCUCUAUCUUAACCUUGUUUUGGAGUAUGUACCAGAAACUGUUUACCGAGUUUCAAAACACUACAGCAGAAUGAAUCAGCAUAUGCCCAUUAUUUAUGUGCAGCUGUAUACAUACCAGAUUUGUCGUGCUCUAAAUUAUUUACAUCAUGUGGUUGGUGUAUGUCAUCGUGAUAUUAAGCCGCAAAAUUUACUGGUCAAUCCCCACUCUCACCAGCUGAAGAUAUGUGAUUUUGGCAGUGCAAAGAUGUUGGUGCCAGGUGAGCCCAACAUAUCAUAUAUAUGUUCACGAUAUUAUAGGGCUCCGGAGCUUAUAUUUGGGGCAACAGAGUAUACAACUGCUAUUGAUAUGUGGUCCGUUGGUUGUGUCAUGGCUGAGCUUCUACUUGGACAGCCACUGUUUCCUGGUGAAAGUGGUGUCGAUCAGUUAGUGGAAAUUAUUAAGAUACUGGGAACACCAACCAGAGAGGAAAUUAAAUGCAUGAAUCCAAAUUACACUGAAUUCAAAUUCCCUCAGAUCAAAGCUCAUCCAUGGCAUAAGAUAUUUCACAAGCGAAUGCCUCCUGAAGCGGUGGAUCUUGUGUCAAGGCUGCUUCAGUAUUCACCAAACCUACGUUGCACUGCCUUGGAGGCAUGUGCACACCCCUUCUUUGAUGAUUUGAGAGACCCAAAUGCAUGCUUGCCUAAUGGCCGAGCCCUACCUCCACUAUUCAAUUUUACAGCACAAGAACUGGGUGUUGCAUCUGCUGAACUACGCCAACGUCUUAUCCCAGAACAUGCAAGGACAUAA